GUUCUUUCUCCAUGUAAAUUUAUGUAUCUAUAUAUUCUCUGAUUCUAAUCUCCCUGGUCGAAGUGUUGAAGUUUUGUGAUAAUUGAUUGUGGACCGCCAAGAUUGUAAAUUACGAACGCACUCGGUAUUUUUUUUUGAGAGACAUUAAACUUUCGACAUUUCCCGUUCAAUAUAUUUUCAUACAUAUUUUUCGCGAAAAUGGUGGUAACAAAUAGUACAAGCCUACCUACCGUAGACGAGCUUACGGUUCCGGAGCUAAAUGUCAGUUUUCCGCUAUUACAGGCGGCGGCCUUUACUAUGGGAAAAUAUUGCGAAUACCAUAAUAACGAAUUCAUGCUAUGUCGCGAUGAAACACAGGAUGUUCGUAAAUGUAUAGACGAAGGCAAAGCUGUAACUGCGUGUGCCCUUGAUUUCUUCAGAAAAAUAAAGAAGAAUUGCUACAACGAGUUUACACAGUAUUACAAUUGUAUUGAUAAAUCAAGCGGAGUUGGUGCUUUUGAAUAUUGCCGUCAGACUCAAGCGGUCUAUGACAAGUGCGUGUUGGACAAGUUGAAUAUCGAACGUCCGGGCUAUGGUUAUUUUUGCGAAGUGAAGAUUCAUGAUUCGACACGACCAAAACCACAGCCAGAAAAACGUAUUAUAUACGAGGAUGUGACUCCAGGAUUACCAAAAGAUGCGCCAUUACCUGAGGCCAGAUUCAACUCACGUUUUCAGUGGUCCAAAUAAAUUGUCGUUUAUCGAUUCCGUAGUCCUUUUCGUUACCCGGUCUUUGUCGCCUCGAUGUUGCGAUCGUUAUCCUUAGGUAAUAUCUUCACGCCUGAAAAAAAACCAAAUAAAAAUUGUUGGUCUUGAAAAAUACAGUUAAUUCAAACCACUCAGCGGACUUUGCAGCAGCAAAGACAAAUAAAAAAUUAUUAACACGUUGAUAGCAAUAAAUCAUGUAUGAAUGAAAAAACGGGUUAACAAUAAUUAUUUAAUUGUAAAAUUAAUUGAAUGAGAACUUUGAGUAAGCGAUGUAUAGACAAAAAUAAAGAUAUAUUAUAACAUUGACACAUUAAA